CCGCCCCGCCCACCGUUGCUAUAAAGGGAAAGCGGGCUGCGCGCUUUCCAAGCUUCGUCCGGCGUCUUGGAUCCGCUUCCGUAUAUUCCGGUGAAAGGUCGCCAGUCAGACCCCAGCAGCCAAGAUGGUGAAGCAGAUUGAGAGCAAGUAUGCUUUUCAGGAAGCUUUGAACAGUGCAGGAGAGAAACUCGUAGUAGUCGACUUCUCAGCCACGUGGUGUGGGCCCUGCAAAAUGAUCAAGCCUUUCUUUCAUGAUGUUGCUUCAGAGUGUGAAGUCAAAUGCAUGCCAACCUUCCAGUUUUUUAAAAAGGGACAGAAGGUGGGUGAAUUUUCUGGAGCUAAUAAGGAAAAACUUGAAGCCACCAUUAAUGAAUUAAUCUAAUCAUGUUUUCUGAAGACAUGACCAGCCUUUGGCUGUUUAAAACUUGUAAUUUUUUUUAUUUACAAAAAGGAAAGAUCAAGUAUGAAGACUAUAUACCUAACUGCCAUCUGAUAAGUGACAAUAAAAUAUUAACUGUACCCUUUUUAAAACUGUCUGGUGUCUUUGCAUAGUUUUCAAAAUAAAUGAAAACUGGCCAUUUGA